AUGGCCUACAGAAAACACUAUAUUCCACUCGAAUCCAACCCAGUACUCUUCACGCAUCUUAUUCAUCAAAUAGGCGUGUCGCCUGUGCUAGCAUUUCAUGAUGUCUUGUCAGUAGACGACCCAGAGCUUCUUGCGAUUACCCCGCGUCCUGCGCUGGCGCUGGUUCUGGUUUUUCCAACUUCAAGCGACUAUGAGAGGAAUCUAGAGGAGCAAGGGAGAUUGAUACCAGAUGAUUACGAGACAGGGGAAGGUGAGAAUGUUAUGUGGUACAAACAGACAAUCAACAAUGCCUGUGGGCUUUACGCUAUCCUUCACGCGGUUAGCAAUGGCGACGCGAGAGAUUUUAUCCAUAAGUAG